AAGUGUAGUAAAGUCUGGACCUUUUUUCCGCCGAUGAUGAUUGCUCGGUGCUGCCUUCUUCCGCCGCCGUGUUUCUCCGCCGUUAGAGCUAGAUGCUUCGCCGGAGAAACUUCAGAUACUGGGAUUCUCUUCAGAGAGAAGCUCAUUUACCUUCAGGACCUCAACGUCGAUCCUCACAAGGCUCUCCGAGUAAACCCAGCUCUCCGUGCUGCUCCUAUCGCCUCCGUCGUCUCCGUCGAGAAUCUUCUCUCUUCGACCGGACUUUCAAGACCCGCCGUUGGUCGGAUUCUCGAUAUGUUCCCUGAUUUGCUCACCUCUGAUCCCGAAUCUGAUAUCUUACCAGUUCUUCGCUUCUUAUCCGAUGAGAUCUCCAUCUCCGAGCAAGACAUCCCGAAAUCGAUAUCUCGUUGUCCAAGAUUGCUCAUUUCUUCCGUAGAUUUCCAGCUUCGUCCCGCAUUGGCGUUCCUCAAAACCCUAGGAUUCGUCGGACGCGACACGAUCACGUCGCGAAACACGGUUUUGCUCGUAUCUAGUGUUGAGCGAACCCUAAUCCCCAAAAUUGAGUUCCUUGAAGAAGGGUUAGGGUUUACGAGAGAUGAAGUAGCGAAGAUGGUCGUGAGGUCUCCGGCGCUGUUGACGUACAGUGUGGAGAACAAUUUAGCUCCGAAAGUUGAGUUCUUUUUGGAGGAGAUGCGUGGAGACGUUAAGGAGCUGAAAAGGUUUCCUCAGUACUUUUCUUUUAGCUUGGAGAGGAAGAUAAAGCCGAGGCAUAGAUUGCUUAGGGAACAUGGGAUUUUGAUGCCAUUGUCUGAGAUGUUGAAGGUUAGUGAUGGACAGUUUAAUAAUUGGCUUUUGGAACUACGUCUCAGGUCUGUUGAAAGAAGGUUAUAAACAAUGUAGGCUUCUUUCUUUAAGUAUAUUAAGCUUCUUCUUUUUUUUGUAUGUUCGUUGUUUCUUUACUGAGAUUCUGAGAGAUGAAUUGGAAAAGUUCUGCACUUUAGAGAUGCCAAGAGACACCUCAGAUGAGCUUUGUACAUAGUUUUUGUUUCAAAGAUUAGAUUGGAGAAAUGUUUUGUUAGAUCAUUGAAGUAUGUCAAAAAGUGAUGAAGAAAGUUUCUCUGAAGCUGUAUACUUUCAGAAUGUUUGGAAUUUGAUAUGUGAACCGAGCUUAUGAAAAAAGGUUGUUGCUUCA